AUGAAAAUUGCCCAGCUCUCAAUUCGUACCUACGAAGAACUAGUUAAGUCGCAAAACUUUAAAUCUCCCAACCUGAAACAUGCCUACAUUUUGGCAUGGUGUGCUGAAAUUUUUAAUAUUGCCAUCUUAAUAUUUGACGAUGUCCUCGAUAAUGGUGAAAUGAGGAGGGGUAUUCGCUCUUGGCAUCGCCUGGAGUCUAUUGGUCUCAACGCAAUAAAUGAUGCCUUUAUAAUGGAACAAAUGAUAUAUGCUUUGCUUAAGAAACAUUUCUCUCAUCUGGAAUAUCCCAAAAUCCUCCAACAAAGCAUGGACAUCUUCUCGGAAAUUGGUUUAUAUUUCCAAAUACAAAAUGAUUUUCUAGAUUGUUUUGGCAAUAUUCAGAAUAGUGGUAAAAUUGGUACUGACAUUGAAGAUAAGAAAUUUUCUUGGCUGGUCGUUACUUGCCUGGAACUGGCAAAUGAGGAACAGAAAGAAAUUUUAGUGGAGUGUUAUGGUUCUAAAGAUCCCCAUAAAGUCGAAAAAGUGAAAGGCUUGUACAAAGCCCUAGAUUUGCCAAGCAUUUAUUAUACCUAUGAGAAAAAGUCUUACGACAGGACUAAAGCUCUUAUAAAUAACUUAUCGAAUGGAGUGCCACAAGAAAUAUUUUUAGAUAUUUUAAAUAAAAUUUAUCAAUGCGUUUUCUAA